AUGAACUUAAUGAAAUCUAGUGAUAAAUCACCAGAAUCUAGUGAUAUAUCACCAGAAUCUAGUAAUAAAUCACCAGAAUCUAGUGAUAUAUCACCAGAAUCUAGUAAUAAAUCACCAGAAUGUAGUGAUAAAUCACCAGAAUCUAGUAAUAAAUCACCAGAAUCUAGUGAUAUAUCACCAGAAUCUAGUAAUAAAUCACCAGAAUCUAGUGAUAAAUCACCAGAAUCUAGUAAUAAAUCACCAGAAUCUAGUGAUAUAUCACCAGAAUCUAGUAAUAAAUCACCAGAAUCUAGUGAUAUAUCACCAGAAUCUAGUAAUAAAUCACCAGAAUCUAGUAAUAAAUCACCAGAAUCUAGUGAUAUAUCACCAGAAUCUAGUAAUAAAUCACCAGAAUCUAGUGAUAAAUCACCAGAAUCUAGUAAUAAAUCACCAGAAUCUAGUGAUAUAUCACCAGAAUCUAGUGAUAUAUCACCAGAAUCUAGUAAUAUAUCACCAGAAUCUAGUGAUAAAUCACCAGAAUCUAGUGAUAAAUCACCAGAAUCUAGUGAUAAAUCACCAGAAUCUAAAUCUAGUGAUAUAUCACCAGAAUCUAGUAAUAAAUCACCAAAAUCUAGUGAUAUAUCACCAGAAUCUAGUAAUAAAUCACCAGAAUCUAGUGAUAUAUCACCAGAAUCUAGUAACAAAUCACCAGAAUCUAGUGAUAAAUCACCAGAAUCUAGUAAUAAAUCACCAGAAUCUAGUGAUAAAUCACCAGAAUCUAGUAAUAAAUCACCAGAAUCUAGUGAUAUAUCACCAGAAUAUAGUAAUAAAUCACCAGAAUCUAGUGAUAAAUCACCAGAAUCUAGUAAUAAAUCACCAGAAUCUAGUGAUAUAUCACCAGAAUCUAGUAAUAAAUUACCAGAAUCUAGUGAUAAAUCACCAGAAUCUAGUAAUAAAUCACCAGAAUCUAGUGAUAUAUCACCAGAAUCUAGUAAUAAAUCACCAGAAUCUAGUGAUAAAUCACCAGAAUCUAGUAAUAAAUCACCAGAAUCUAGUGAUAUAUCACCAGAAUCUAGUGAUAUAUCACCAGAAUCUAGUAAUAAAUCACCAGAAUCUAGUGAUCACCAGAAUCUAGUAAUAAGUCACCAGAAUCUAGUGCUAAAUCACCAGAAUCUAGUGAUAAAUCACCAAAAUCUAGUAAUAUCUAGUGAUAUAUCACCAGAAUCUAGUAAUAAAUCACCAGAAUCUAGUGAUAUAUCACCAGAAUCUAGUGAUAUAUCACCAGAAUUUAGUGAUAUAUCACCAGAAUCUAGUAAUAAAUCACCAGAAUCUAGUGAUAUAUCACCAGAAUCUAGUGAUCACCAGGAACUAGUGAUAUCUCACCAGAAUCUAGUGAUAUCUCACCAGAAUCUAGUGAUAUAUCACCAGAAUUUAGUAGUAGAAGUGAAUAGCGACAACAAGAAACUGACAAGGUCGGGCUCCUGGGGAGGAACAUCUACAAAACGACAAAGGGAAGAGGAACAAGAAGAGACCGAUUCGCCGCCGGUAGACCGAGCGGUGAAAAAGAGCGGAACUGAAAGCAUCAUGAUGAAGGCACCACUUUUUGGGGGGACCCCAAAAAAAAGCAAGAAUGAUGCGGAAAGUGGAAAAGAGGGAUGGGCGCAACUAUGGGAAAGAAUUGCAGGACUAGAGGGAGCGGUCAGGGAUCUAAACAAUUUAAUCGCGGAGAGCAAUAAUAUCAAAGGUACCAUUAAAAAUAAGGCUAAGGAGGUGGGCAGGUGUACGGAAUGGGUGAAACGAGUCGCAACAAAGGUGGAAGAGGAUGAGAAUAAGGAAAGAGCGGAAAGUACGAAGACGGUUAAAGGGAAACAGGUUGACCGGGGAACACAAGUGAACUACGAUGAGAUAAAUAUCGAGGAAAGGAAACGUAAUAUGAAAAUUAUUGAGUGCUUAAACGAAAAGGAGGAGAUAGAGGAAAUAAUAGAUAUGGAGUGGCCGGAAGAAGCUUACAUUUGCACAGAAGUCACAUAUAGAUUACCAGAGAGGGAGGAAGUAAGAAAUAAUAUAGUAGUGAUCCUAGAACCGGAGAACAUGGAAGAGACAAAGGAAUGGAAGGACAUACACUCAAUGGUACCAGAGCUGCCACACAUCGUAGAGGAAGGCAUAGAAGACAAAAUCGAAAUGAUAACGAGGAACUCUAUAAUAAAAUACGGUAGAGGAAAAUGCAUUGAGGAGAAGAGACGAGUAGUGAUAGUACCUGUUAAAGACCAAUGCAUAAGAGGAAAGGGGGUGCAGAUGACCCAAAACGUGGAAGAAAUAAAGGAAGUCAUAAAGGAUAUCGAGAAGAAGGAGAUAGUGAAUGUAAUUUCAAUGGCGAGGAUACCUACGGAAGUAAUAAGGAAAAGCUGCGAGAGGGAUCAAAAGAUAGUGCAAAUCUUGGACAUAACGGCUGACAGGACUAAGGAGGAGAUCGAGGAUGCUAUAAAGGAGGAACUUGGUGAUACAGAUUUCGAAAUCUCAUCGAUCAGAACCUGUAGGGACGGGAACCAGGCGGCGACUGUUAAGGUGAAUAGACAAGUGGCUGAAGAUAUGGUUAGAAGAGGAAGGGUUGAAAUAGGCUUGAUCCAAUGCCGGGUAAACGAAUGGGUUCCACUGAUGAGAUGCUACAGAUGUUUACAGUUUGGGCAUAGAAGGGAUACUUGUAAGGGGGAGGAUAGAACGAAUACUUGUUUCAAGUGCAGUAAGCAGGGUCAUGUGGCCAAAGACUGUAAGGAGGAGGAAUAUUGCACCACCUGCAAGGCAUCAGGGCAUAGGGCAAACAAUACUACCUGUCCCAAGUUUAGAGGAAUGUUAAGAAGGGAGCGAAGAAGAAGGCUAUCACGAAUGAUAUCAAAGGACUCGGUUAGGGGUAAUAACCAAGUAGGCGAUAAGUCACCCGUAACGGAGGCGGCAGAAACGGGUUAUAUAAAUGAUAAUGCAGGGUUAUAA